AGUCCCACUCGCUCAAUUUCUCUAUUUUUUUUUAUUUCAUUUUCAUUUCUCUCUCAUCACUCUCUCUCUCUCUAGAAAAUACAUGGAUCUUCCCUUAUCCAACCCCUCCGUUUCUCUCUCUGCUUGUAAAUUUUUCCAUCAUUUUCUCACACUUUCUUUCUUGUUACUAUUAUCAUCAUUAUUAUUAUUGUUAUUAUCUCUUGCAGUUGAUUGAUGACAAUUAGACAGCUCUGGAGGCCUAAACGAAGGAAAAGAUCUCGUAUCGUAGCGGUGAAGGUUAGAAAAAAUUCAAUACUACUACUACUACUACUACUACUACUAAGACUUGAAAGAUUCAGAUUCUCAGAUGUCUGUGGUGUUCGAUGUCUCGGCUGUGGGUCCCACCCUCGGCCUCGACGCCGUCUCUUCUUCUCCGGCGGCCGCGGUGUACGUUGUGGACCGUCCUCCCGCUGGCGGAGCAUCGUCGGCUUCGGCGGCGCAGGAUAAGACUCAGGCGUACGUUAGCUCCGCGAUCUCAUCGGAGAGUUCGUCGAUCGGAGUGCCUGAAGACGACAGUGACGACGACGACGAAGAAGGUGAAGUACAGAGCAAGUCCGACGGAAGUUAUCUCUCUUCUUUAGCUUCCUUGGAAGAAUCUCUUCCCAUCAAGAGGAGAGGAUUGUCGAACAACUUUGCUGGAAAAUCGAAGUCGUUUGCGAACUUAUCAGAGAUCAGCACGGUGAGAGAGAUUGAGAAGAGAGAGAAUCCAUUGAACAAGAGGCGGAGGACGAUGAUAGCGUACAAUUGGUCACGGAAAUCGUCCUUGUUCAGUUGCAAGGGAAACAAUUCUUCCAUGUCGAUUUUGGCUCUGAAAGGAGUCAUAGGAGAAGGACGAGAAGAAGACGACGACGACGAUGAUGAUGAUGACGAAAGCAAUGAGGAAGACCAGAGAUUCAGGCAACAACAGCUCAAGGGAUCACAGUCUUGUUUUUCUCUUACAGAUCUGCCAAAGUAAAACUUGUGCCUUAGCUGUUUGUUUUGUUGUCUAAUAUGGUAAAUGGAAGCAUAUUUCCUUACUUUUUAAUUAAAAAAUAAAAUAAAAAUCUUGGCUUUCAAGUUAACUA